GCCUUCUAGUAGUUUCCAGUUUCCACAAGACUCUCAUCGCCUUCUCUUUGUGUAUGUAUAUAUACACACAAUCUGCAACCUUCACUGAGAAGAUUUUACGUGUCGUUUGGCUGCUCUAAGAUUAUAUCCAUGGCGGAAGAAGUUAUACUUGAUUUGGAAGAACUCAGGCAACUUCAGAACAUCGCCAAGAGGCCUCGUGUUCUCAAUCUCAUCAAUUCCGAGAUUUGCAAUUUGGAGAAGCUGAGAGAGUCUGCAAGCGUUUCAAGUGCAAAGCCAGAGGUCGAAGUGGCAGUUCCUGCGCCGGUUUCUUCUUCGGUUAAGCCGGUUUCUCCGGCAGUGAACUAUGUGACUCUCGGAACAUUCAGCUGGGAUCAAGACAAUGAUAAAGUCAAGAUGUACAUAUCUUUGGAAGGUGUGGAUCAGGACAAGGUUCAGGCCGAGUUCAAGUCAAUGUCUUUGGACAUUAAAAUCCAUGAUGUCCAAGGGAAGAAUUACCGAUGCGGCAUCCCAAAGCUGCACCAAGAGAUUGUGCCAGAGAAAUGUAAAGUGCUUGUGAAGCCUAAGAGGAUAGUUAUCACAAUGUUCAAGUCUUUGAGAGGAAACUGGAUUGACAUACACCACAAAGAAGAUAAGAUUAAACCUAGCUUUGAGAAAGAGAAAGACCCAAUGGCUGGAAUCAUGGACUUGAUGAAGAACAUGUAUGAGGGAGGAGAUGAAGAAAUGAAGAAAACUAUAGCCAAAGCUUGGACUGAUGCUAGGUCAGGCAAAACAGGAGAUCCGUUAAAAGGACUGUGAAGCUUCUAUGACCAGUAAGCAAAUUCAGUAGUCAUGGUAUUUGUAAAAGAAGUUGACAAAACAGAGACCAGUUUUGAGUUUAGUCGUAUGUUUGCUUUCCUGUUGCUAAAUUAUUUCAAACUUGUUGAAUAUUUGCCCCAAGAAGCUUUUUUCUUUUCGAAAUCGAACAAAUUGUCUCUUGAAGGAUGAGAUUAUCGUCUUUUAUGCGUAAAAAGGGUCAAUUCGAACAUAAACUAUAGGGAAAAUGACA